GGCAUAUCUAGUCUAUACUCCGAGGAUCUUUAGAUCCCAAUGCAACAUGUGAAAUAAAGUAAGUGCCUUGUUGCGGCGCGUAUAAAAGACAGCUGCUGGAUGGCCAUGGAUCCUCUGCUGCUGAGUAGCAUUGCAACGCCAUCUGCAUCAAAACAAUCACUUCUUCUACCUUUCUUACAAGAUGAAAUUCUUUGCAAAGCUUCUACCAGUUGCCCUUUUGGCCUCUGCCAGUCCAGCCAUCGUUCAGAGAGACGGUGCCGCGAUUGUCGGCGUCCUCAACUCCGUCGACGCCAAAGUCAACGCUCUCAACGCAGCCAUCGUGGCUACUCCUCCAAUCCCUGCUACUAUCCUGUCCGCCGCUGGAGAUGUCAACUCUGCAAUCGCUGCAGGAAUCACCGUGGUCAAGGCCUCGGCGCCCCUAGCGGACAUGGAUGCUCUGUCUCUCAUCACGCCUACCCAAACCCUUUCAGCAGACACCAACAAGACCAUCACCAACUUGAUUGCCAUCAAGGCCCAGGUCGUCGCGCAGGGAUUUGGCUGCACCACCCUUCAGCAGCUCCAGACGCAAUUUACUGCUGCCAGUGAGCUCUCAGCCGACAUCGUAGCCUUGGUACCUGCCGCCCUACAGUCAACAGCCCAGGGCCUGUCCGCCGGCAUUGCCGCUGCUAUCCAGAAUGGUAUCACCGCUUACACUGGCGUGCCCUGCUCUGUCUCAUCUAGCGCAGCGCCUUCUUCUACUCCGCCAGCGUCAAGCUCUGCACCUGUCUCUAGCUCUGCACCUGUCUCUAGCUCUGCACCUGUCUCUAGCUCUGCACCUGUCUCUAGCUCUGCACCUGUCUCUAGCUCUGCACCUGUCUCUAGCUCUGCACCUGUCUCUAGCUCUGCACCUGUCUCUAGCUCUGCACCUGUCUCUAGCUCUGCACCUGUCUCUAGCUCUGCACCUGUCUCUAGCUCUGCACCUGUCUCUAGCUCUGCACCUGUCUCUAGCUCUGCACCUGUCUCUAGCUCUGCACCUGUCUCUAGCUCUGCACCUGUCUCUAGCUCUGCACCUGUCUCUAGCUCUGCACCUGUCUCUAGCUCUGCACCUGUCUCUAGCUCUGCACCUGUCUCUAGCUCUGCACCUGUCUCUAGCUCUGCACCUGUCUCUAGCUCUGCACCUGUCUCUAGCUCUGCACCUGUCUCUAGCUCUGCACCUGUCUCUAGCUCUGCACCUGUCUCUAGCUCUGCACCUGUCUCUAGCUCUGCACCUGUCUCUAGCUCUGCACCUGUCUCUAGCUCUGCACCUGUCUCUAGCUCUGCACCUGUCUCUAGCUCUGCACCUGUCUCUAGCUCUGCACCUGUCUCUAGCUCUGCACCUGUCUCUAGCUCUGCACCUGUCUCUAGCUCUGCACCUGUCUCUAGCUCUGCACCUGUCUCUAGCUCUGCACCUGUCUCUAGCUCUGCACCUGUCUCUAGCUCUGCACCUGUCUCUAGCUCUGCACCUGUCUCUAGCUCUGCACCUGUCUCUAGCUCUGCACCUGUCUCUAGCUCUGCACCUGUCUCUAGCUCUGCACCUGUCUCUAGCUCUGCACCUGUCUCUAGCUCUGCACCUGUCUCUAGCUCUGCACCUGUCUCUAGCUCUGCACCUGUCUCUAGCUCUGCUACCCCAGCUUCAAGCUCUGGUCCUUGCAACGCAAUAACCAUAACCGUCAUGAAACCCGGCUCAACUGUGACGCUGCCUGGUUCAACUGUGACGACGGCUGGUCCAACUGUUAGUCAGGUCGUGACGGUUACAAGGACUGUCCCUGGAGGCACUGUCACAGUCACUGUGGCCGGACCCGGAACCACAUGUAAGAGCAAGACUAUCACCAAGACCGUGACGAGAACCAGCACAAUUAUCGAGCCGUGGUGGUGUGACAACUGGUGGUAA